GGAGAGGUGCUUUGGCGGACUCCGGGCUUCCAGAGGGCGGCAAGCCAGGUUCGUUCCCCUCCCAGCCUGCCCUUUCUGCCAUGGCUCCCCCGUGGCCCCCCAACGGGACGUGGCCGGGGGCGGCGGAGCAAGCGGGUUCGGGGGGCAACGGCACCAAUUGCUCUGGGACGGAAAGCAGCCUCAGCCGGCAGGGGGCGCUCGGAGCUGCCCUCAGCCUGGCUGUACUGGUGACGGUAGCCGGCAACCUGCUGGUGGUGGUGGCCAUUGCUAAGACCCCCCGCCUGCAGACCAUGACCAACAUCUUCAUCACUUCCCUAGCCUGUGCCGACCUCAUCAUGGGGCUUUUGGUGGUGCCUCCAGGGGCCACCCUGGUCCUGAGUGGCCACUGGUUGUAUGGCACUACUCUCUGUGAGCUGUGGACCUCGCUGGAUGUGCUGUGUGUGACCGCCAGCAUCGAGACCUUGUGUGUCAUUGCGGUGGACCGAUACCUGGCUAUCACAGCCCCGCUGAAGUAUGAGAUGCUAAUGACCAAGAACCGAGCACGGGGAGUGGUGUGCCUGGUGUGGGCUGUGGCUGCCUUCAUCUCCUUCUUGCCCAUCAUGAACCACUGGUGGAGGGAUGGGGCGGAUGUGGAAGCCCUGCGCUGUUACAAGGAUCCUCUAUGCUGUGACUUUGUCACCAACAUGCCCUAUGCCAUCUUGUCUUCCAUCAUCUCUUUCUACGUGCCUCUGUUGGUCAUGAUUUUUGUCUAUGCCCGGGUCUUUGCCAUCGCGACCAGGCAACUUCAUGUCAUUGAAAAGGACAAGGGGAGGUUCCUUCAGGAUUCAUCCAAGGGUUUCCGACGAAGGAGGCCCUCCCGUCUCCUGCUUGCCAUCAAAGAGCACAAAGCCCUGAAGACUUUGGGCAUCAUCAUUGGUGUCUUCACUCUCUGUUGGUUGCCCUUCUUUGUGGCCAACAUCAUCAAGGUCUUUGCAAGAUCCUUCGUCCCCGAUCCACUUUUUCGCUUCUUCAACUGGCUGGGCUAUGUCAACUCAGCUUUCAACCCCAUCAUUUACUGCCGCAGUCCUGACUUCAGGUGUGCCUUCAAAAAACUCUUGAGUUGCCCAAGGAGAUCCGAUUCCCAGUUUCAUGCUUUCUCCAAGGAUCUGCAGAGAUGCCUCUGUGCCUUCAGCUCUGGGGAGAGCAAGUCGAUUGCUACAGUUUCCAGAGAGGAGGAAGAAGAGGAGGAAGAAGAGGAGGACUUGGCUACUGGUAGCACUAGCAGUGGCUCAAGUAACAGGACCGAGGAUAAAAAGCAUUUGUAUCUGCCCAACAAUGGGCACAGUUUUACACAGCGUCCCCUGGGGGAAACUCAGCUCCAAGGCACCCAGAUCACUUUGUGUCCACAGCUGGAAGAGUAGGUGUUGGGAAUGGUAGUGGGGGUAGAAAGAGACAUGACUUAAGAGUGAUCUAGAGCAUCUGGGGGAGGGGAAUGACAGGAAGAGUCCAAAACAAAAUUGUUUUCUUCUCUAAUGUGCUACAAAGAAACUGGAAGGAUUGUGACAAUAUUUCCCAUCAGAAUCCUUUACUCGUUUGCUUUGGAAGCAAAGUUUUAACUAUUUUCACUGAGACUUGCUCUCUAGUAAGUGUGUUCAGAAGAACGUACUGUAGUAAUGACCAAUGAAAACUGUGGUAGCUAUUUCAGUUACUGGACUGUGAACAGAGCUGGUUAUAACUCAGGUGCAAAAUAUACCUUGUAUGCUGGAGCCAGAAUCAAGUGACAGGGGAUGGGACGUCCUAAGGUUAACAGAACUGGGCUGCAAAAUUUCGGAUGUCUAUUAGAAGCUGAAAAGAGAUGCAGAAAGCCCAACUCUUCGCUGCUAUGUAGUCAGGUUUUUGUUUUAUUUUUAUAUAAGAGUUAUGACAACACUAGGAAAUCUUUCCUUUUGACCAUGAAUAGUCAGUGCCGAUGAGGCUGGCUUAGAUGGAGAAUCUAACCCACUAUAUAGCAGCUUUCACUACUGUGUCUCUAUUGCAGCUGCAAACUCUAUUUGAUUUCCUUUUCAGAAAUGGACUGAUAGGAGUUAUUUGCAAGUUAAGAGGGAAACAUAGAAAAAUGUAGGUAACCAGGGAGACUUUGGAGUGAUGGAAAGAUCGGAAAAAGCAGUUGUAGCACCAUCCCUUGCAUCAAAUGAGUUCAAAAAUACCAUGAAGAGAAGUUUGAUAGAAACAUUCACGUAUCCUGAGAAUCAUAGCUUUCAGACACUGAGCAGGAGUUCCUUUUUUAGUUUCUCCUUUUCCAGGUGAAAUACUGAGGAGUUGAGAAGCCCAUCUCCAGAAACGGCCAUCCCUCUUUGUGGCUUCUUCAGGAAAAAUAUGCCAACAAUUCAGAACCCAAAUAUCCCAGCCGUAAAGCAUAGGGGCAUCGCAUUGGGUUCCACCACAAAACCGCGGUAGACUAAAGCGCGCUCGACGAAAGCGCGUACGUGACGUCAUCACAGC